ACUUAACGGAAGAAACUUCCUAGAAGGUCGACAAGUUUUCUUUCUAGGUCAGAAACUUUACUCCCAGUGGUGUAAUGUGAAGGGGAACUAUUGUCUUCCGACGUGUCGGGGUGUCACCGUUAGUUUGGGCCUGUUCAGGUAACGUUUGGCUAGUUCUGAGGUAACGUUACACCAAACUGUAACAUGCAUAUGCUCGCGCCUAACGGAUCCAUCAUGGAGCUGGACUCGGAGUUUGUGAAAAUUAAAGCUCACUACAGUGGGGACAUGUUGAUCGCAGACUUGGCAGCCACGGUAACCUUUGUGGAGUUGUGUGAGGAGGUUAGGAUGCUGUGCAACGUUGCCAAGCAGCAGCCCAUCACACUAAAGUGGAUCGAUGAUGAAGGGGACCCUUGUACCAUCUCGUCUCAGAUGGAGCUGGAGGAGGCUUUCCGUAUAUACAAUCGAACCAAGAGGUCUGGACUACUGCUGCACGUGUUCCCCAGUAUCCCAGAGCGGCCUGGCAUGCCCUGCCCCGGAGAGAACAAAUCGAUCUAUCGCCGCGGGGCCAGAAGAUGGAGGAAACUCUAUCGAGUCAACGGACACCUCUUCCAGGCCAAGCGCUUUAACAGGAAAGCCUACUGUGGCCACUGUGCUGAAAGGAUAUGGGGGCUGGGCAGGCAGGGCUACAAGUGUAUCAACUGCAAACUGCUGGUCCAUAAGCGCUGUCACAGACUCAUUCCUCAGACCUGCCAAAGGCUUAUGGAUCCAGUCAUGCCAUCACAGGAGCCGCCUUCAGAUGCCAAGAGUGAGGAAGUGGACCUUCCGCCAGAUGACACAGAGGACACAGAUGGAAUACCUUUUCUACCACACAACUGUACAGUGGAUAAAGCCGAAGAUGCAGAUACAGAGGACAUCAAAGCGGUGGUGGAUGGAAUCGACGGCAUCAAGCUGUCCCCUGGUCUCGCUCUCGGGCUCGGGGACUUCGACCUGAUCCGAGUGAUUGGGCGGGGCAGCUACGCAAAGGUGCUGCUGGUUCGGCUAAAGAAGAACAAGCAGGUGUACGCCAUGAAGGUGGUGAAGAAGGAGCUGGUCCACGAUGAUGAGGAUAUCGACUGGGUGCAGACAGAGAAGCAUGUGUUCGAGCAGGCGUCCACCAAUCCAUUCCUAGUAGGCCUCCACUCCUGCUUCCAGACAGAAAGUCGGUUAUUCCUGGUGAUUGAAUAUGUGAAUGGCGGGGACAUGAUGUUUCAUAUGCAACGACAAAGGAAGCUUCCGGAAGAACACGCAAGAUUUUAUGCUGCUGAAAUCUGUAUCGCUCUGAACUUCCUGCAUGAAAAGGGUAUCAUCUACAGAGACCUGAAGCUGGACAACGUUCUCUUGGAUCACGAGGGACACAUCAAACUCACAGACUACGGCAUGUGCAAGGAGGGGAUCAGACCAGGCGACACCACCAGUACCUUCUGUGGAACCCCCAACUACAUCGCACCUGAGAUCCUCAGAGGAGAGGACUACGGCUUCAGCGUGGACUGGUGGGCUCUGGGCGUGCUGAUGUUCGAGAUGAUGGCAGGGAGGUCCCCUUUUGAUAUUAUCACCGACAAUCCUGACAUGAACACAGAGGAGUACCUCUUCCAAGUAAUUCUUGAGAAGCCCAUUCGCAUCCCAAGGUCUCUGUCAGUGAAAGCAGCCAGCGUGCUUAAGGGCUUUCUAAACAAGGAUCCUAAGGAGCGGCUGGGGUGCCAGGUCCAGACGGGCUACACAGAUAUCAAGUCACACACAUUUUUCCGCAGUAUAGACUGGGACCAGCUGGAGAAGAAAGAGAUGACGCCGCCCUUCAAACCUCAAAUCACUGAUGACUACGGCCUCGAGAACUUCGACACGCAGUUUACUAAUGAACCAGUGCAGCUAACACCAGACGAUGAGGACGUCAUCAAGAGAAUAGACCAGUCAGAGUUCGAGGGAUUUGAAUACAUCAACCCCCUGCUGCUAUCCACAGAGGAGUCUGUAUGAAGGAGAGCAGCUUCCUCCCUCGCCCACCUCCGGUCUGUCCAAGCUGCCGUCUCAGCCAAAUCCAGUCGCAAGCCAACUCUGAAAGGCGAGGAUGAGGAGGACGAGGAGGGGGAGGAAGGACAACAGGUAGGACGGAUUCACCCUCUGGACCUUGUCAACAAGGCCCGAGCAGACGGGAGAAAGCUCCCUUCCUGGACCGAUUGCUUUGUUGGGAACUCUUCAUUUCUUUACGAGGAAAACACAGACUUCAAGAACAUUCCCUGACGUUUUGUUGUCUUUCCCUUUUCUGUUCUCUUCUUUUCCUCCGUCGGCUUCGUUCCUUUCCCCUCUCUGAAUGUCUGCCCGUCACGUGGAAGCGUCAGUCAGUUGAACGGAGAGCGGUUUGAUUCUGUGCCUGCCAUCAUGAACACAUCUCCGCCCGCCUCACAUCCCUGGAUCAAUAUGACGGUUCUGAGGAAGAACUUGAAAUUUUACGUGCACUUUUUUUUUCUUUUUUCUUUUUCUAUCUUAUGGUCGGGGGGGGCUCACAAAAAACAAGAAUGUACAAUGACAAAGGAAAAAAAUAAGUUAUUAUUGUGUAAUAUAAUGUAGGUAGUGACUCCAGGAUUGAUGAUGCCUUUUUAUUGAUGCAAGUGGCACAUUUUUAUCGUAAACACAAACAUGUCUUUCGUUGUCUUUUAGGAUUUUCACAAACAACGGGGGGGGGGGGGGGGGUGGGUGACACAUGGGAGACAACUUUUUAUUUAAGAAGUGCCUCAAAGAUCGUAUUAAUGGCCAUGGCUCUGAUUGCACUUAUCUCUUAUUGAAGAUUUCUCACACAUCCUGGCUUCAGGAGGUCAGUACUGGAAACUGGAACCAUCGCAACUGGUUUUUUUCACAUUUUUAGGGGGGAAUCGAUUUAUUGGAUGGAAAGUAGCCCGCACAACACUGAAUCUUUUUAUUUGGAAUUAAUCAAUUAAACAAAUCCAUGUAGAAGUGAUGCUUUGUGAUUCACAGGAGUAGCAUCUGAGCUUACAGCAGACAAGAAAGGGUCAGUAAGGGUAAGAGACAAUGGAGGAUGGGGGGGGUUCAGCAGGCAGCAUUCAGUCCAAUGUAAAGGUGUCUCCGGUCACAGCCAAUCCCAGUCCUGCAGCUAGCUCUCUGAUGCGGUCAGUCUUCAGAAGCAGAGGACCAGGAUGUGAGCGUCGGCCUCCUCAGUGAGCAGGCUGCCGGCUCAGACUCUCCUACACCAGAUGCCACAGCGGGACCAUCUGCAGCCGGGCGAAAAUACCCUGGGCCCGAUGGUUUGUGCUGUUAUGUGGCAAAGUGUCUCCAUUUCCAUUUUGGGCUCAUUGUGUUAGGCUGGCUUUACACGGUGCAAUUACAGCUCAGCGCGGUCUGCAUUAUUACAUCGUUCCUCUGCUUUUAAGAGACCAGGGAAAGGACUGAUCUCUUUCAGUCCCACAUCUUGAGAAAUUAUUAAUGAUAUUUAAAUGUAUUGUUUUUACAUGCUUUUAUUUCUAAGAGUAAAGACUGUAUAGAUCCGUCAGAGUGGCUGUGGAGGACAAGAGCACAGAGCAGCCUUUGGUUAGCAGUGGUGUUGAGCAAGAAACCAAAAGAUAUCAAAAAUAAAACGGGUUAUUUUGUCUUAAAAGCAUAGGACUAAUGACAGAGCAGAUGCUGUUUCAGUCACACGUUUCCUCUCAUUAUAUCAUCACAUACUGACACUCUCAUUGGGCAUAUGUUAUUAUUUUUAAAUGUAAUACUUACAGACUCGUAAUAACUCAAAAGAAAGGAUAUCUAACAAUUCUAGGUCACAUCCUAGUAAUUUCAUGACAUAAUGUGAAAUCAGACCCAGUCAACCAAAUACUAAAGGGUUGAAUUGACAGUUUUUCUGAUAGAGAAGCGGUUGAUCAGGUGAAUUAAGUCCCAGAGAGAGUUUGGCUCAGCACAAGAUUGACUGGACAUUAUUUAUGAAACCCAAACAGUCCAAAAAGAUGUUCCAGGUGUUGCUAUCCCCAUAACAAAUAACCAUUGCUUCAAAAACAUCUCCAAAAGGAUGUUAUUAUAUAAGACUGUUUCACUGCAGAAUUACAGCUGUUUUUUGGAUACUGUAAGCACGAGACGCCCUCGUCUGCUCUGAUUGGCCAGCACCUGUCACCUUCAUUGGUGAGGGUCAGGCACGAGGAGGGAGUGUGGUUAGUCAAUCACAUCAAGCCAAUCAGGGGUAGAGUAGGGCGGGACAUGCCCUCACUUCACGUCAUCCUGCAGAAUAAUUAGUGCUUAGGGCUUUCAGUCCAAUGGGACAAUUGUAAGACCCUUAUAGGGUUUCUAAAUACACAAUGGAAGUGCAGAGCCUCUUCAGACCAGGCCUGGAUUCAUAAACUGCUUCCAGGCCUAACCGUAUCCUGAACCAGAGGGGAAAAAGGCCCAGGUCCAGGAAAUAACUUUAUUUAAUAUGAACAAUACUGCCAAAUAAUAAUAAAUAACAUGCCAAGGAACGUGAAGCACAUCUUAGAAAUGAUUGAUCAAAUAUCCAAAGUUGCCAUCAUGUGCUUGUUCAGAUUCUUAUUCUUGUUUUUGAUAAUUAUUUGUUUACAUAUGUUUUAAUCCAAUUUAGGUUUUUUUAUUUUAUUUUUUUAUUUGGUUCAAUCAAACAAACCAAAGUAUUGACAGGAAGUACUGUAUUGGUUAUAGUAUUCUUGAGUUUGUGUAAAAUGUGCUCUGCAGGAGUUUGGAACAGUCCCCCGUGUAAAGCCAGCCUCACCCAUGGUGCUGUCCGAUCUCUACUUCCUGUUAUAAGGCAUCAGAUAUCAGUCUACUCCUCCACAGCUAUGCACAAGCCAUGACUUCAUAUGAAAGGGGUGUUUUACGCAGGUUUAAUCCAUAUUUUGGAGCCGUGUGCUGUUGAAAGGCUGAGAUAAAAUCUGUGAAUAUCAACUACAAGCUGGGAUUUAAGCCCCAAUAGAGAAGAGCCGUCGCCUCUGAAGUGAGCUCUGUGUUCCUCUCCACAUCUGAGCAGCGCAGCUCUCUAUUGGCUGAGGCUCAGCUGAUGAAAUCUGACCCGUGCUAAUUUGAUAAGCUCAUAAUAGGAUUAAUUAGCUGAUCCUGAGUCAAAUGGUCUCAAUUAGCUGCAGGGCCUUAACGGGCAGCGGAGGAACAGAUAGAGGAGAGAUAAUGAAAGCGUUUCACAGUCACCGAUUAGACAACCAACACACACACACACACAGUUCAAGAAGAAAGAAAUCACUUAACAUUCGAGGAGGAAGCUUCCUCUGUCAACCCCCCCGAACUCCGUCUCUUUCGCUGCGUUUCAUUAAUGCCAUGUUUUGUUGGUCUAUUUGCACAAACGUUAGUGGCAUUGUUUAGUCUUUUCCUGAGGGACCAAUGGAUGACCUGGGAGUCCUUCAAAUCUCUUUCCAGAGCAGUGAAGGCCACCCCGACUAAAAUAAGAGACUCUUGAUCUGAAAAUGAAUGAAGUCGCUCCAUGAUUCUUGCUGGGAAAUCUUGCUGGUUGGAUAUGCUUAAUUUGCUUCACCGCAUCUUUGUAAAUAUGUGUAAUUAUUAAAAAUGAUACUGGUUUUCCGUGAA